AUGAGAGAGGAAGGCCAACAAAAGGAGAGGACUGGUGUUAAAAUGGCAGAUCCUGAUGACAAUGAGGCCGAAGCCACUGGAUUACAACAAUAUAGUGGUGAGACCACUCGUGAUGGCAAUGAAGAAAGCAUGAAUGAUUCUUUCACAUUAACAUCUAGGCAUAGAGGUAGGAGUAAUACAAUAUCUAGUAUUGUUAGUGGUUAUGAGAUAAUGAAAGAACAUAUGGACAAGGAAAAGUUUAUAUACUUGAUACUAGCGAGUCUACUUCUGUACAUGGGAUUUGUUGCCGCGUUUGCUCCUAGGACAUCAUUAUCAAGAGACUUUCGGCGGUUUCACUCUUCCAGAUUGACGAAUGCGGAGGUUUAUAGGAUAUACUUGAACUCGUUGCAACAGGAAAAUAGAGCGAAAGAACACGUAUACAAGUACGCCGGACACAUGAGUAAUGCUUUGAGUGAUUCUUCGACGUUUAAAUACACCUUGGACGAGUUUCUGGAUAUGGGGUACAAACCCAAAGUUGAAAAAUAUUAUCCAUGGAUAGGCGACCCAGUAGACACUAAGGUAGCUCUUUUGGAAAAUGGUAAAGUGGUCUAUCAAGCAAGUAUGAUCGAGGAUAAAAUUAAAGGCGAUCCCGUUUCUCACGCUAAGAAAAGGCAAAAGGGUUUCCAUCAAUAUUCAAAAAAUGGGAAUGUAACUGCACGAUACGUGUUUUGCAAUUAUGGUAGCAUCGGUGAUUAUAAGCUCCUUUUAAAGAAAAACAUUGAUAUUGAAGACAAAAUCCACAUCGUACGAUCGGGUAAAAUAGUAUCUGGGUUAAAGGUCAAAAAUGCGGAACUUUAUGGCGCUUCCAGCGUUAUUAUAUAUACAGACCCAUUCGACGAUGGUAAGGUUACUGAAAAAAAUGGGUUUUUACAUUAUCCUUAUGGACCAGCAAGAAACCCAAGUUAUAUCAUGAGGGAUUCUGUUAAUUAUUUCAGCGAGACCCCGGGAGAUCCGACUACCCCAGGGUACCCUUCCAAGGAUUCUGACACUGAACAUAUGUCACCGGUAGGAAGGGUACCAAGAAUACCAUCCGUGCCGAUGAGUGCCAGAGAUGUCCAACCAAUUUUAGAAAAAUUGAACGGCAGGGGUUUUCAAAUCGGGCCCGGUAGUAAUAUAAAAGAUUUCGGAUCAUUUACUGGACCUUCAAGUCCUAUCGAUAAAGUCCAUUUGCAUAAUGAGCUAACUUACAACAUCAAAGAAAUGAGUAGUAUAGAAGUUAGUAUCCCUGGUAUAUUCACUGAGGGAGAGAUUAUUAUCGGAGCCCAUAGGGAUUCGCUAGCUUCGAGUAGCGCCGGUGAUGCGAAUAGCGGCAGUGCUAUUCUUUUAGAAAUUGCACGAGGUAUGAGUAAAUUAUUGAAGCAUGGUUGGAAACCACUACGCCCUAUUAAACUAAUAAGUUGGGAUGGUGAAAGAUCUGGCCUUUUAGGAUCCACGGAUUAUGCAGAAGCUCAUACCGCGAUUCUCAGGAGAAGGGCCUUAGUGUAUCUAAAUUUAGAUAAUGCAAUCUCUGGAACAAACUUUCAUUGUAAAGCCAACCCACUUCUGCAAGACGUCAUAUACGAAGCCGCUAAGCUCACAGAAUUUAAUGGGCAUGAAGACUGGUCGUUAUACCACCAUUGGAAGUACACUUCUAAUGCCACCAUUUCUCUACUUGAUGGGUUGUCUAGUUACACUUCAUUUCAAUACCAUCUUGGAGUACCCGCGGCACAUUUUCAAUUUAAUGCCAAUGAUACUACAGGCGCAAUCUAUCAUAGUAACUCUGUAUUUGAUAGCCCAGCUUGGCUAGAAAAGUUUACCAGUUCUGACUACAAGUUGCACAACACCAUGGCCAUGUUUGUUGGUUUGACAACGCUGAUGCUGAGUGAAAACGAGCUAGCAAGAUUUAAUACACAUGUCUACCUGAAGAAAAUAUAUAACUGGUACGUCGCAUGGUACUCAGAGCUAUCAUCGGCAUUUCCUCAGGAUUAUGAAGUGAACCGCCUAGCAAAAAGGGUUCUAGACUUAUUAAAAGUUGCCACUUGGGAGGAUAGCAUUCAAUUUGAUCAACAAAAUGAUAUUCUCUAUAAAGAGUGUAGAGAAGCUUUACCCGUUUGGGCUUUUUACAAAAAAAUCAAGAGCUAUAUCAAACUGCAAAGAUCCAACAGCAAAUCAAAGCAGAUCGACCAACUAUUUAUUACACACAGAGGACUGAAAGACAGGGGAUGGAUGAAGUACUCCCUUUUAGCACCUAGUAAGCUUCAGGGAUCUGUCGGGGAAGUUUUGCCUGGACUUCAUGAAGGAUUAGCUGAUAUUGAUAGAAACGAGGUCAUUCAGUGGCUAACCGUUUUGCUAAGCCAGUUUAGCAACGUUCGGUAUUUACUCCAAUAA